AUGGCUGGCAACCGCGUUCCGAUCAACUACCAAACCCCCGAGUUCCCCUCGCUGUACAAUCCGGUCCCGUGGCUACACAAGGAAGCGUACUAUCUUUAUUACACGAAGGAUAUCUGGCGCUACACGCUCUUCUGGACUUUGAUCUUUUAUGCUGCUACUCACCUCCCCGUUGCGGGGUGCACGGUGUUGACUCAUAGUCGGAAUUGGAGUGUCAUAUGGCUCGUUCCGUUGCUCUAUAGCUUCAUCGCAGGGCUGGAGGGGCUGAUAGCUGGGAGUAUUAUCGGGCUUGUUCUCGGCGCAGUCUACGAAGCAGGCAAUUUCAGGAUGUCGACUUGGGUCCCUAUGAUCUGGGGCGGCGUCAAUGUGAUGGUUCUCAUCAUGACCAGCUUUCCGAUGCAAGGCGGACUGUGA